AUGCAGACCCUAGCGUCUAUCCUGCAGAAUGCAGCCCGUAUGCAUGGUAAACGGGCUAUACUGGCUUACCCUGCAAACCGCUCCGCGAGCGAUUCCACAGUCAGUUUGACUUACGAAGAGCUCAACGCUCUGGCAACCUUCAACAGCCAGCAUUUGCGUGAUCUCAAAGAUUGCAAGCAAGGCCAGGUACUACUUCUGUACCUCGAGGACCACUUGGAGACAAUCAUAUGGUUCUGGUCCAUAGUGUAUGCCGGCAAUAUCCCCGCCAUGUCCACCUCUCUACCUCGUACUGAAGCUCAAUCCGUGAAACAUCUCCGCCACUUAUCUCGGCUGUUAGAAGAACCGAUCUGUCUCACAACCGACCGCCUCAUGCAGCAAUUCCCGGCAGAGCCGAUUGUACGUCUCGUUGACACCGAAAGUAUUCAGGGCACGCCCGACACUAUAAAAGCUCAAACCGAAUCCCAACAAGAAAUGCGAUGCACUACCCUUGGGGCCGUCUCGGAUAUUGCUCUCCUUAUGUUGACCUCAGGCAGCACCGGGCCGUGCAAGGCCGUGAGUCUGACAAACCAGCAGAUCCAUGCUUCGUUGGCAGGCAAAUGCGCGGCAUUCCCUCUCAAAACCCAAGACGCAGCAUUCCUUAACUGGAUCCGACUUGACCACGUGGGAAGCUUGGUCGAGAUCCAUCUUCACGCGCUGGCAGCAGGAGUAGAUCAGGUGCAUAUACAACCCGAAGUGAUUAUUGCUCGACCCGUGCUCUUCCUGGAACUGCUCGAGCGACACAAAGUUGCGAGAACUUUUGCGCCAAAUUUUUUCCUACUUGAGCUCUUACGGUUUUUUGAGUGCGCGCAAGUAGCGAGCCGCAAUUUCAAUCUCAAGGACUUGCACUAUCUGGUUUCAGGUGGUGAGGCUAAUGCAGUGGAUACCUGUGGUCGAUUGAGCCAGCACCUGGCCCGACAUGGCGCACCUAGCAACGUUAUCGUUCCUGGAUUCGGCAUGGCGGAAACCUGCGCUGGGUGCAGCUACAACUUUGAUUUUCCAAGAUGUGAUCUGGAUCGGGGAAAUAAGUUUGCAUCGCUCGGAACACCCGUGCCCGGCAUAGAAAUGCGUAUUGUGUCAUUGGCCGACGAGAGUGAAUUGUCGACUCCGGGGACGAUUGGACAUUUGGAAGUCAGAGGUCCUAUAGUCUUUGGAGGGUACUAUAAUGAGCCGAGCACUACAUGGCAGACAUUCAGGUCCGAUGGGUGGUUCAGAACUGGGGACACAGCCUUCUUAGACCCAGGCGGGCAUCUGAACCUCUGUGGCCGAACGAAAGAAUUGAUCACGAUCAACGGGGUCAAAUACUCCUUACAUGAGCUUGAAUCAGCACUGGAGGGUACAAACAUACCCGGAGUAGAACCGAGUUUCGUCGUCUGUUUGCCUUAUCGUUCUCCAAGUGACGAUACGGAGCAGAUAUGGGUUCUCUACAAACACAGCUACCGCUCGGAGGAUUCCGAGGCUCGAUGCAGAGCCAAGGAAGCUAUAACGCGGAGAAUCAUGGUCCUGACCAGCACAUGUCCCCAUGUCUUACCUUUACCAACCAUAGGCCGAACAUCCCUGGGAAAGAUAUCUCGAUCGCAGUUGAAGAGCCAGCUAGAAUCUGGGGGAUUUACCAAGGAACAUAUACGGAACGCAGAACUCAUUCGCAACUACCGAAGCAAAAUAUGCACUUCCCCACAUACGCCUACUCAAAGGCUCAUUGCUCAGGCUCUGGCCCCCAUUCUCAACAAGCCUUUGGAAGACAUCGGAGUUGAUGAUAACAUUUUCGGACUAGGCAUGACAUCCCUAUCACUAAUCCAGAUGCAGUCUCGCCUGCGCGAACAGCUGGCUUUGUCCGUACCGCCUGUAUUGCCCACAAUCAUGUCUCACCCAACCAUCCGCCAACUCGAAGAUGUGCUUCAAAGACAGUAUCACGAAUACAGGCCGGUCGUGACCCUCCAACCCCACGGUAAGAGAACGCCGCUAUGGCUCGUCCACCCAGCCGCCGGAGAGGCACUGGUCUUUGUCAACCUUGCCAAGCGCUUUCACGACCGGUCGGUGUAUGCCUUGCGGGCGCGCGGUUUUUACCCGGAGGAGCCGUAUUUUACCAGCUUGGAAGAAUGUAUCAGCACAUAUCAAUUUGCCAUGAAAGCAAGGCAACCAGAAGGGCCGUACGCCAUCUUAGGCUACUCAUACGGGGCAAUGGUAGCAUUUGAGCUCGCAAAGUCUCUCGAGAAGGAGGGUAGCAAGGUUGACUUUGUAGCCAGCCUCAACCGGCCGCCAUACGUGAGUCCACGUCUCCAACGGCUACAAUGGUCGGAUUGCUUGGUCAAUAUAUCCUUCUUCCUUGGGCUUUUGCCGCGGGACGCCUUCCACAAGAUGGUCCAUGGGUUAAGGGAGAUACCCAGGGGGAAGGCCUUGGAGUUAGUUCUUGAUCGGGUAGACCCAGAUCGAAUGGAAGAAUUAGGACUCAACUCGGCUAGAUUCGAAAGGUGGAUCGAUGUUGCCUACGGUUUGCAGCGAAUUGGCCGAAACUACAAGCCACAUGGCAAUGUUGCGCAUGUUGAUGUAUUUCACUGCAAUCCAGUGGAGUUCUUGCAGACAGGGAAAGAAGAAUGGCUGAGGCGGCUUUCGGCUUGGGAUCAAUUUUCCCGGGAGAAAGCACUGUACUUUGAGGUUCCAGGCGAGCACCAUGAGGUUCUUGCUCCAGGAAACGUGCAACAGUUUCAUAAGCAGCUGCAAGAAUCACUGCAUAUACGGGGGGUAUGAGUUUUUUUUUUGUGGUCAUACCUUAUCCAGCUCCAGGAACCUUAACCUAUUCAUAUGGAAGUCAAGCUGAAUUGACAGGUUUCGAAACAUAAGUUCGCUUGUAG